UCCGCUGCAGAGGCGCGCCCGGGCACCGGCGCUCGCAAGGCUGCCAGCAGGGUUUCCCCCACAGCCUAAGGAACCGUCGCCCACCCGCGGCAGGGGCUUCGGCCUCCACAGGAAGAAGAGGCUGCGCGGCGGCGGGGCGAGGGAGUUUCUACAAUGGAGAAGAGGGAAGGAGAUAAUCACGCCAUUGAUCAGAAUGCAGGUCAGAGCAUCGUGCCACGAAGAAAUACAGGAAACCGUAGCAACUUGAGCGUGGAAAUGCAAGUCACCAAUCCACCAGAAGUAGCAGAACUUUUUAAUUUACAUCAAGCACACAAUUUUGCUGAGUUUGAACACUCUUCAGAGCAACACUGCAAGCAGGAUCUGUUCCCCAAGUGGCGCUUGCCAAUGAAGAUAGCAUCUGUGAUCUCAUUAGUAGCAUUUGUUUACAGUUCUAUGAGAGAUGUCAUAUAUCCUUUUAUAACUAGAAAGGAAAAUGUUUUCUAUAAAAUUCCAAUCCUUGUCAUAAACAAAGUUUUGCCAGUGGUUUCAAUCACCCUUUUAGCACUAGUGUAUUUGCCAGGAAUAUUAGCUGCUGGUUUCCAGCUGUACUUUGGCACAAAGUAUAAAAAGUUUCCCCCAUGGCUGGAUAGAUGGAUGUUGUCAAGGAAGCAAUUUGGACUUCUCAGUUUCUUCUUUGCUACAAUGCAUGCCUGCUAUAGCUUAUGCUAUCCAAUGAGAAGAUCAUACAGAUACAAGCUACUAAACUGGGCAUUCCAGCAGAUCAAACAAAAAAAAGAAAAUGCCUGGAUUGAACAUGAUGUUUGGAGAAUGGAGAUUUACGUGUCUCUGGGAAUUCUGGCACUUGCUUUGCUGGUCUUGUUGGCAAUAACAUCAAUCCCAUCUGUCAGUCACUCUUUGACCUGGAGAGAGUUCCAUUAUAUUCAGAGCAAGAUGGGAUAUUUAGCUCUACUGCUUUGCACUGUUCAUGCACUGGUGUUUGCUUGGAAUAAGUGGGUUGAUGUUAACCAAUUUAUCUGGUACACACCACCUUCGUUUAUGGUAGCAGUUUUUCUUCCUGUUGUAGUUCUGCUUUGUAAAUGCAUACUGUUCCUCCCAUGCUUUCGGAAGAGGAUAAAAAAGAUCAGAUGUGGUUGGGAAGCUAACACACAAACCAAUCAAACCAGUAUGACUUCCAGACUGUAGUUCAAAUAUGGACAUUUCCUGUCUAUGUAUGUAAAUCAAGGCCACGAAACAGUCACUCGUGAACUCCAUCUACCAUCUUUUCCAUGAAUGUUUCCUUUUCGCUUUUCCUUUCAACUUCAGCAAUAUGGGCUGCCUGAUGCACUUUGGACCUUUUCUAAGACAGAAAGUUGAAAGAUUCAUCUAUGCAGUGUUCUGUUAUUUGAUCAUUUCUUUCUGCUGACUCACUGCUUUUAAAAUCGAAAGGCUUCAAUGCCUCAACAUUAAUUGUUUCAUACUCAAAAGCAAUUAUAAAUCAUUGCUCCAGAUGACCACAGAAAGUAAAUAAAUUAUUACACCAUAAAACCCAGGAAUGCUUUCUGCUUCCAACAGCCAUGUUUGUUCCUUUGCUAAAUAUCAGUAUUGUAAUGGGACAACAAUUAGAGUAUUUAUCAUCGCAUUCCUUCUUAUUGCCUGUGUCCUAUGUUUCACUCUGCAGAAUGGGGACCUCAAACACAUGAAUCAGACAGAAACUGUAUUCCUACUAGGUCUUGAAUUUAGACAAUUGGGCAAGCAGAACUGCAAGCAGAACUUUACGAGGCUUGUGUAUAGCCCAAAACAAGAGUUUUUAGACUCAAAUCUACACCCUAUACAGGACUAGGCAUGUCUCUGUUUACAGAAAACAAUCAAACAUUUCUGAUUUUUUUAUUCUAUGAACAUGUUAUUUUGUUUCUGAUGCUGGAAAUUUUCCAUGCUUUUGACCUAAUCCUGCAGCCCUUGACAUAUACUAAACUUUAUUCACACAAAUUAUUCCAGUGGGAUAACUCACAUCAGGUAAAUGUGUUUUAGCAUUUACUCUAGGGCCAGCACAACUGUGUGAGUGGAAGACAAAUAUUAAAAUCUUGACAUUGAUUUGGUGAGAUUUUCAUGUAAAAUG